AUGCCCCUGGCGUCACAACAGGACCAUGAGUGUAUCAACGUACCUCUGGAUGAGCCAGAGGUACCUGCGGUUCCACCAGCCAUGGACACGACCCGAGUGUGCGCACACCCGAGCUCCAGACCGGCUCUUCACGUUGGCUUUAGUGAAUUCUGGGGGCGCUGUCACUGUAGUAGCGUCGCGCUAACCACUAGGCUUCCCUACGGAGACAACGGAACUCGUUGUAGCAACAGUUGCAGGAAGUCAUCAGUGAGCUGGAGAACUGCAAUCCUUACUAAAAGUACACAAGGGUGGCAUGAUUUGGACAACACCGAAUACGACUGCUGGCCAUUGGAAAACCCACAUGAGUACAACAUGAUAGACUGCCAGGGUUUGGAGAUGACUUGGGUACAGAGACCUUCAGAGAGGGUUCUGAGUGGUGAAGAAUUCAAUGUGACCUACGCAGUGACAGUGAACAAUCACUUCUAUCACUGGGCGGUGGAGACUGGUGUUCUCUCACAUGGUAAUGUUGAAGAAGCAAAGGCAUUCUGUGAAGAGAAGGAGUGUCCCUCGAACUGGAAGGAUGCAAAUGAAAACAACUGCUGUGUGCAUCAUGCCAACAUUCACUCCUGCCCAUUGGCAUUCAUGGUGAAAGAGGGUAUCUGUGGUCCUUGGAUCCCAGAUGAUGGUCAGAUAGUAACUCACACUGUGUCAACAGCAGGAAAGAUGAGUCAAAUGAAUUGGACUGCCAAGGUGGUCCUAGUCCAUCUCGGUGUAACGUCCCUAAUAGCUCACAUAAAAGUUGGACGAAUGCAAGCUGCACUGGAGGCGAAAACCUUGGUGUUACCUGCAAAAGUCUGUGGAGACGACAACUGCGAUGAAGAUGAAACAUGCUCCACGUGUCCGGCAGAUUGCGGGGAUUGUACUGCCACCAUCAAAAUUGCCAUAAGCUUCCCCAUCUCCCUGGUCUGCACUGGUCUGAUCCUCACCAUUGCGUGGUUCCAGUAUCAAAAGCAAAAGAUGUUGUGGGAUGAAAGCUGGAUAAUUGACUUCAAUCAAAUUAAGCAAGACCAGACCAUGGCGGGCAGUGCCAUCAGCAUCCCUAAUGGAGCCAGCGAUUCCAAUGCCAGCUGUGUCACCACCAUCAGCUCUUGUACGGGAGCUCUCAAUGCAUCAAGGAAGCAGCACUUCACCCAGAUAGGAAUAUUCGAUGACCGAACAGUUGCCAUCAAGAAGGUAAAGAAGAGAACUUUCACCCUUUCAAAAUCUAUUCGCAAAGAGGUGAAGCAUAUCCGGGAACUUGAUCACCCAAACCUCUGCAAGUUUAUCGGUGGCUGCAUUGAACUUCCAAAUGUGGCGAUAAUAACAGAAUACUGCCCAAAAGGCAGCUUGAACGACGUGUUGCUAAAUGAAGACAUCCCAUUAAACUGGGGCUUCAGGUUCUCUUUUGCAACUGACAUAGCCAGAGGGAUGGCCUACCUUCACCAACGUAGGAUUUACCACGGCAGGCUAAAGUCCACCAAUGCAGUGAUCGAUGACCGGUGGGUUUGCAAACUUGCAGAUUUCUGCUUGCCAAUAUACAGGAAAGAGGACUUUCCUGAUCCCCCUAGUACCUACCGACAGAGGCUGAUUCAAGUAUACUUACCUCCGGAGGCCCAGCUGGCAUCGAACUUUGAACCCACUCCUGCUGCAGAUGUAUACAGCUAUGCCAUCAUUCUACUGCAAAUUGCGACCAGAAGUGACCCUGUGCCGAGGGAAGAUGGAAAUUUGACUGAAUGUGGGAGGUGCCCACCUUUACCGGAAUUAAUAAGUGGAAAAUCAGAAAACGCCUGUCCUUGUCCCUCGGAAUAUGUCAUGCUGAUUAGGAAGUGCCGUGCACAGAAUCCAAAUUACCGGCCCUCGUUCGAACAAGUCAAGAAGUACCUGCACAGGAUUAAUCCCAAUAAAGUCAGCCCUGUGGACAUGAUGAUGACUUUGAUGGAGAAGUACAGCAAACACCUGGAAACUUUGGUGGCUGAGAGAACGCAGGACUUGGUCCAUGAGAAACAGAAAACUGACCGCCUGCUUUACAGUAUGUUACCAAAGCAAGUAGCUGAUGAUCUAAGGCAAGGAAUCAUGACUCAAGCCCAGAACUAUACAAGCGCCACAAUAUUCUUUAGUGAUAUAGAAGGCUUCACACAGCUGUCAAGCAUGAGUACACCAUAUCAAGUUGUAGAAUUGUUAAACAAAUUAUACACAACCUUUGAUGAAAUCAUAGACAAUUAUGAUGUCUACAAAGUGGAAACUAUAGGAGACGCAUAUAUGGUGGUUUCCGGAGUGCCAAAGGAAAAUGGCAUUGCUCAUGCAAGUCAAAUUGCAAGUAUGGCCCUGGAUUUGGUAGCUGUGUGCAAUACUUUCAAAAUUCCACACAAACCACAGACUAAGCUCAAGAUCCGGGCUGGAAUCCAUUCAGGACCUGUGGUUGCUGGUGUGGUUGGGACAAAGAUGCCCCGUUAUUGCCUGUUUGGUGACACGGUGAACACUGCUUCAAGGAUGGAAUCAACAAGUGAAGCGCUGAAGAUACAGUGCAGUUCCAGCACCUAUAGUCUCCUAGAACAGUUUGGAAGAUAUAUUUUAAUAUGCCGUGGUUCAUUUCAAAUAAAGGGAAAGGGCAACAUGAUAACCUACUGGCUUGAAGGGAAGCAAAGUUCGUCAUCAAACAUAACAGCAAGUGCACCGACAAAGCCCCCAAUGAACAAAGCACAGCCAGAAAAUAUCAACGCCAUCCCUGAGUCAGAGCAAGAGAUGUACUGUGCUAUUCCUGGGUUACUGGACACUGAUCUCCAAUCAACCUCCUGGUAGCCCACACAUCUAGAGUUUGAGACCACCAAUUAGACAUUGUUUAAUGUUUUCAGCAAUUCAGGUUCUUUUUGAGGAGCAGGGCUCAUAAAUUUAAAUCUCACACCAUUUCUCUGGACAGUGAGCGAUUACAAAGUAGUUAAUUAAAGGACAGGACAAUGAAACACACUUGUAAUGUUAGGGACCACAUUGCAAAGCAAAGAUUCGUAUUUAUAUUGUUGUUUUCAUAGCUUCAGAGCAUCCAAUGUGCUUUAUAGCUAAUGAAGUAUUUUACAACGUGUUUAUUGUUGUAAUGUAGGAAAUAUGUGUCGGUUUGUGAAGAGCAGGCUCCCCGAUCACAGUAGGUUGCUGGUACCAGAUAAUCUCUUUUAGUAGUGUUGAGUGAGAGAUAAAUAUUGGCCAAGGUACCACGGAGAGAAUUGCUCUGUUCUUUGGGAGCACAUAGGAAGGCAGGGUAGACCUCUGUUUAACAUCUCAUCCAAAAUCUGAUUCCACUGACAGUGCAGCACUCCCUCGAGUGUAUCUGAUGUACUCCCAUCUCUGGAAUAGGAUGUGAACCCCACAACCCUCCGACCACUCAAAACUACCCCUCACAACUGCCUUGGUGAGGUACAUUUCCCAAUAUCACAAUCCCAAUGCAACACUUCUGGUCAUUUGAAUCUUGUUACCAUGUCAUUGUCUUGCUGUGUAUAAAUGUCACUCAUGUAUUGAAGAACCAUUUAGUAGUUGAAAAGCUCAAAGUAAAUUUAUUAUCAAAGUACCUACCGUAAAUUUCACCAUAUACUACCCUGAGAUUUAAUUUCUUGCAGGCAAUCACAGUAAAUACAAAGAAACCUAAUGGAAUCAAUAAAAAAUCUGCACAUAACAAAGACGGACAAAAAAAAUGUGCAAAAGACAACAGACUGUUCAAAUACAAAAAAGAGAAAAGUAAUAAUAAUAAAUAAAUAAGCAACAAAUAUCAAGAAGAUGAGAUUUUAGAGUCCUUGAAAGUGAGUCCUUAGAUGUGAAGUGAGUAAAUUUGAGUGAAGUUAUUCCCUCUGAUUCAAGAGCCUAACGGUUGAGGGUUAAUUACUGCUCCUGAACCUGGUGGUGUGGAACCUGAGGCUCCUGUACCUCCUUUCUGAUGGCAGCAGUGAGAAGAGAGCAUGGCCUGGAUAGUGGGGGUCUGUGAUGAUGUAUAGUGCUUUCCGAUGACUGCGCUCCUUGUGGAUGUGCUCAGUAGUGGAAAGGGCUUUAACUGUGAUAGACUGGGCUGUAUCCACUAUGUUUUGUAGACUUUUCCAUUCAAGGGCAUUGGUGUUUCCAUACCAAGCUAUGGUGUAAUCAGUCAGUAUACCCUCCACCACACCUCUACAGAAAUUUGUCAAAGUUUUAGAUGACAUGCCAAAUCUUUGCAUACUUCUAAGAAAGUAAAGGCUGCCGUGCUUUCUUUGUAAUGGCACUUUCGUGCUGGUUCCAGGAUAGAUCCCUAUGAACCAAUAACACCAAGGAGUUUAACGUUACUGACCCUCUCCACCUCUGGCCCCCUGAUGAGGACUGGCUCAUGGACCUCCAGUUUCCUCCUCCUGCGGUCAAUAAUCAGCCCUUCAGUUUUGCUGACGCUGAGUAAGAAGUUGUUGUUGUGGCACCAGUCAACCAGAAUUUCAGUCUCACUUCUAUAGGCUGAUUCAUCACCGUCUUUGAUUUGACCAACAACAGUGGUGUCAUCAGCAAAUUUAAACAUGGUAUUGGAUUUGUACUUAGCCUCACAGUCCUAAGUAUAAAAGCAAGUAGAGCAGGGGUGGAGGUAGUAUGUUCUGUGUACUUACAAACAAAGCAGGAGUAGGCUAUUCAGCCCUUAGAGUUUGCUGCACUCCUGUAACAGCAAUAUUGUGGCUAAUCUUCAGUCCUCAUGCCCAGUCUGCAGAUACAGACCUCUUGAUUCCCACAUUGCGCACGAACGUAUUACCCCCUCUUGAAAGUACUUAACACUUGAGCCUCCGCAAUCCAAUGGGGUUGAGAAUUUUCUUGGUUUAAAUGCCAAGUGCAAAGAAAAUGCUACAUCUUUCAAUUCCAAGCAGUCAUACGUUCACACGAGACCACUAAACCCUGGUCCCUGACUAUGCAGCCAGUGGAAAGUACUUGUUGGCCUCUAAACCAGUAGGGAUUUUACUCCUUUUAAAGUCAUUGCCCUUCUCUCUUCAAAACUCUAGUUACCCAGUCUCUUACUUUGGGUUUUACUUCAGUCCAGAAGUAAGUCUAGCACCCUAAGACUAUUGUGAGAACCCACCCAAGAAAGGGUACACUCUACUGUCACGAUGAGGCCAUAUUUAAAUUUGAAUUUUUAAUAUUUACUAUUGAUUUGUACUCCAGGGAGCAGGAAGCACAGAAUCAAAUAUCGCUGUGAUGAUUGUAUAUUCUAGUAUCAAUUGUUUGGCGACAAUAAAGUAUAAAGUAUUCAAGUUGGAGGAGCAACGCCUUGUUUUCCGUCUAGGUAGCCUCCAACCUGAUUGCAUGAACAUCAAUUUCUUGAACCGCCAGUAAUGCCCCCCUUCAUCGUUCCCCAUUCCCAUUUACCUCUCUCACUGUAGGCCCUUGCCUGCCCAUCACCUUCCUCUGGUCCUCGCCUCCUUUUCUUUCUUCCAUGGCCUUCUGUCAUCUCCUAUCAGAUUCCCCCUUCUCUAGCCCUGUAUCUCUUUCACAUCAACUUCCCAGCUCUUUACUUCACCCCUCCUCCCCCCCCCCCAGUUUCACCUCUCACCUGAGUUUCUUCCUCCCCUCCCCCACCUUCUUACUCUGAUUUCUUAUCUUUUUUUCUCCAGUCCUGAUGAAGGGUCUCGGCUCAAAAUGUUGACUGUACUCUUUUCCAUAGAUGCUGCCCAGCCUGCUGAAUUCCUCCAGCAUUUUGUGUGUGUCGUUUGGAUUUCCAGCAUCUACAGAUUUUCUCUUGUUUGAGAAAGAAUCCAUUUGGAUGUAGAUUUAGGUAUUCCGCCAUCCUCUGGGGAAAAGAAGUGAGCCUGAUUUAUUUAAAAACUGACUAAUAUCAUCAACACGUUAGAUUCUGAAAAUAUGUUUUGUGAGUGUUGGGUUGUGCCUUUGCUGCAACUAUUUGGAACCAUGUUCAGUCACACAGAGAGGGAUUUUAAAAAUCACCUAUGUUAGAAAGCUAGGUCGCAUUUAUUUAGUCUUUUUUCAGAACAACACUUCCUGGCAAUGAGUGUCAACAUAGAGAAAUGCAGCUACCAAUUUGUGCACAGCAAGAUCUCAUAAGGAACAACUAGAUCAUGUUAACCAAUUCCUGAUGAGUUAAUCUUUCUACGAUGCUAAUUGUGAAAUAUUGGCUCGGCCAUUAUUUGUCAUUCGAAAGAUUACAAUAAAGUUUCUUCAUUGAAUUAUUGUCAGUAUUGCUUCUUACUUUGCUUCUACUGUAAAUCAAAGCCUAACAUGCCCCUAUCCUGUGGAAAGCGAAGUAUAUGCCCUACAAGACAUUUUUAAAUGUGAAAUACCCUUAGAAAGUAAGACCAUAUAUUUUUGGUAUAUACCUCAAGAAUGGUUGAAGAGAGAUAAAUAUUUAAUGAAUGUACUGCUGGUGGCUGGUAAAAAGACUCUGACCAGGAAAUGGUUAUCACAGGAGAGCCCAAAUUUAAACGCAUGGAUGGAAAUUACAAUGGACAUUUAUAAAAUGGAGAAGAUAACAGCAUCUGUCAAUCAUAAAUUGGAACAAUUUGAUUCAUACUGGGAAAAAUGAUUUAACUGCAUAAUACCCCAUAAGCCUGAUUUUAUUCUCACAAAUCAAUGAUUAUGUUGCAAAAAAAAAUCACUCCCUGCUAGUACAUGGUUUUCCUUUUGUUUGCUCUUUCUUUUCUUUUCUAUAAGUGUUGUUCGUCCAUCGUUGACAUCGAUGAGGACCUCAACACCAUAAUGAUGGUGUCGAGACUAGCGCGUGAUUUGGAUUUAAGUGAGGGAGAGUUGCACAGCGUCAGUCUCACUCUCUCUUCCCAAUUCCCAUCUGGGUCCAGUGGCAAGACAGAGUCUAGACGGCUGGAGAUGGGACUAGGCAGUGGAUGACCAGGACAUCUUCUGUGUCUUGUCCUGCUCUACACGUUCCACGACGCUUGCAGAGACCGCCUUCUUGACCGUUGGACCUCAACUUCAGUAAACAAUC